AUGAUCUUGAAACUCUUUCACCUAUUCUUCUUUUUGAUUUAUGCUGUUCACGGUGGAUUCCUUCAAACCAAGAAUGUUAAAAAAGAGACUCCAAGACAGAUCACGCUUUCACCUGCACAAGCUCAUCAACACGCUUUCAACGAGAUUGCGUCCGGUUCACCAGUACAAAGUCAGUACAACAAGCAUGCUAAUGGUGUAUACGUAAAAUCAAAGGUCAAUCCAACACGUUCACAUAACAAGAAGAUGAAGGCUAAACUUAAACCAAAGUUGGAAAUACAUGAAAAUAAUAUAGAUCAACUGUACACGCUUCGUCAUAAUGGGGGUACAAUUGAUUUAGGAAGAAGUGCAAGUGGAAAAAGAUACGAGUAUAGCAAUGCUAGUCCAUUCUCUAAGUCAAGAGAUUCAAGUCCUUGA